AGAUAAUCAUGCAGAUUAGGUUUUUUAAUUAAAACAGGAACAACAUAACUCGUGAUAUUCAACUGGAAAAUUAUUGCGACGUGACCGAUUUUUAAAACAUUCCAAUCAUCAACGUACAUUGUAAAUCCAUACAUUUAGUAAGAUCCACAAGUGUUAUUAUGGUGUCAAAAAUGUGGCGCUUAUUUCUGUUGGUUGUUUUUGUUACAAGUUUUUCAUCUAAAAGUUUUGGCAUUAACAUCUGUUCAACAAGAGCAAUAACUUUAUCCAGUGGUUACAUUACUUCACCUAAUUAUCCCAAUGAUUAUGAUAAUAACAUAAAUUGCAUCUUAACGCUACGAGCACCAUUUGGUUUUUCCUUUCGUUUCACGUUUACCAAACUUGAUCUUGAAGUUAACCCGAGCGGUCAGUGCUACGAUCAUGUAAAAAUUUCAGGAAUUCGGUCGAGACAUUUUUGUAAUAAAAUCACCCCUUUCAACUUCAACCCUGGUGGCAAUGUCGUUACUGUUCAAAUGUAUUCGGAUGCCAGUAUUACAAAAGAUGGCUUUCGUCUCCAAUUUGUACGGUACGUUUCAGGUACUACAUCCACACCUACACCCACAGGUAAAGUUUGCGAUUACCGUUUGGGAACGAUAUCUUGUCCAUGGCAUAAUGAAAAAACAAACGAUGAUUUUGAUUGGUCGAUUGGCAGGGGCAGUACAUCAAGCUCCAAUACUGGUCCAAGCACAGACUCAAAAGGAUCAAUUUAUGGAAAGUAUUUCUUCCUUGAAGCAUCCUCUCCCAGACAGCAAGGAGACAAAGCAUGGUUGGUUAGCCAAAGUUUUUCUUACUCAAGAAAAUGUCUCACCUUUUACUAUCAUAUGUAUGGCAACCAUAUUGGAUCUUUAAAUGUGUAUCGACAAACUUAUGGACUUUUUCAAAAUUCAGUUUGGAGCAAAAGUGGUAAUCAUGGCAAUUCGUGGUUUAAAGCACAAGUAGAUGUGACAGGCGUAUUUUAUUAUAAUUACUAUAAAAUUAUUAUUGAAGGAGUCAGAGGAUCUGGUUUUAAAGGAGAUAUAGCUGUGGAUGAUAUUGAACUUAAAGAUGGAUACUGUAAUGUCCAGUCGACGACCCCCUUGUACAGUCUUACAACAGUACCACCAUGGAAACGAACAUCCUCUAGCAAAUCACAUUCCACACGAAACAUUGCAAUCAUAUCGGGAGCAAUUGGUGGUCUUGUUCUUCUACUUAUUAUUGGUUUGGUUAUCAUUUAUUACGUACGUCAGAAGAACAGACAAAGAAACUCAACCAGCUCUACCACUCAACCUGGAAGUGCUCAGAAUCCGAAUUAUCAAACCAAUCAACAUGGCAGUCUUCAGAAUCCGACUUAUUCAAGCAAUCAACAAAAUACUAUGACAGGCAUACCGCCACCUAGUUACGAAAGCGUUUGUAACACAUCGCCUUUUUACAUCCACGCUACUCCUGGUUUUACCAAUCAUGGUGCUAUUCCCCACUUGGUACCAGCUACAAAUUUAGGGCAAAACGUAUACGUGGUACCGAUGAGCACAAUUGUCCCUGGUGACAAUCGCAAUCCAAAUCCAAAUCCUGGAGAGAUUGUGCGAAAUGUGCCCGCCUCAAUUGCACCUGUAGAAAAUGUUGGCGCAAGACGAAACGUUUACGAGUCCAAUGCAACAAUCGUCGGUCAAGGACAAAAAUGAUUUUGAUUUUAUUUUGAAAUCUGAUGAAAGUAUAAAUAGAAGACUUUUAUCAUUGUUUGUAGUACAAGUCUUGCGUUUGUAAAACACUUAACUAAUGCAUGUUAAACAACUCAAUUUUAUUUAUAUAUCAAACACUGUUAUUCUGAUAGAAUAUCCCCCAACAAAUGGAGAAAAAUAUCGUUUGAUAAGUUCUGUACAGAUAAAUAUAAUUUUCUUGAUUCGUUUUUGCUACAGAAACUGCAGUUGUAUGUAAGCAAUGUAUAUGCAUUAUCAAGAAAUAAUGUAGUAACUAACGAAUUAUCACACCCCAGUUGUUGAAACUAUAAAAUCUACACUUAAAUAAAUGCAUGUGUAUGCGGCAAUUAGUCAUUUUGUCGUGAUGAAAUAA